UAAACUCCAUCACACUGAUUGAUAAACUGUGUUUUUAUUGAUAAUCGGCGACUCAUAGUCCAUCUAUUCCUGAUGAAGUCCUCGACUGAUGCUAAUAGUGGCCCCAGUCAAGCACCACCUUUUCCUGGUGUCCCCCCACCUUCAGGAAUCCCCCUGCGCUUUAUGGGGCCACCAGGAAUCCCGCCUCACUUCCCUCCAAUGGGAAUGCCACCCAUGGGCCAGAGGCCGCCCAGCAUGGCCCCCAUGCCCCCGGGAAUAAUGCCCCCCAUGAUACCCCCGAUGGGAGUGCCACCCAUGGCACAGAUGCCAGCCAUGAUGCCACCAAUGAUUCCAGGAAUGAUGAUGCCCCCACGCAUGCCAGCUGCAUCAAUCCAGCCUACAGGACCGCCUGGUGUGAGUCCAGUGGAGUCUGCAGCACCGGCUGCUCCUGGAACAACUAGCACCACAUCAACCGAAUCUUCACCUGAUGAACAGACAAAAAAGAAGUCAGUAUGGACUGAGCACAAAUCACUGGAUGGAAAAACAUAUUACUACAACACAGAGACCAAACAAUCCACCUGGGAGAAACCAGAUGAACUCAAAUCACCUGCAGAGCAAAUGUUGUCCAAAUGCCCGUGGAAAGAGUAUAAGUCAGACACUGGCAAGCCCUAUUACUACAACUCACAGACCAAAGAGUCUCGCUGGACUAAACCCAAGGAGCUGGAGGACCUGGAGGCGAUGAUAAAGGCAGAGGAGAACGGGACGGCUGACGUUGUGGCUCCUGGCACCACCCCUGCUCUUACAUCUCAGAGUGAGUCGUCUGUUACCGUGGCAGCAGUUGCUGAGACUGAGGUUGCCAUGGCGACAGUCGCCACAGAGGAACAGCCGUCUCACGUGCCUGCGCAGGUCGCUGAGGUCAGCAGUGAUGUCACUGUUAACUCCACUGAGGAAGUGCCCAGCGUAGAGACACAACCCAGUAAUGAUGUUUCUAAGGAGGAGAGACCUGAGCUGGUGAAGAAAGUUUACAAGUGGAACACAAAAGAGGAGGCAAAGCAGGCAUUUAAAGAACUGCUGAAAGAAAAGGGCGUUUCCUCCAAUGCAUCAUGGGAGCAGGCAAUGAAGCUGAUAAUUAACGACCCUCGUUACAGUGCUCUGCCUAAGCUGAGUGAAAAGAAACAAGCGUUCAAUGCUUAUAAAGUCCAGACAGAGAAAGAGGAAAAGGAAGAAGCCAGAAUCAAAUACAAGGAGUCUAAAGAGACUUUCCAGCGCUUCCUGGAGAACCACGAGAAGAUGACCUCAACCACACGAUACAAGAAAGCGGAGCAGAUGUUUGGCGAUCAGGAAGUGUGGUCAUGUGUCCCCGAGAGAGACCGGCUGGAGAUCUACGAAGAUGUGCUGUUUUAUUUAGCAAAGAAAGAGAAGGAACAAGCCAAGCAGCUGAGGAAGAGGAACUGGGAAGCUCUGAAGAACAUUUUGGACAAUAUGGCCAAUGUGACGUACAGAACUACGUGGUCUGAGGCACAGCAGUACCUACUGGAUAACCCCACCUUUGCUGAAGAUGAGGAGCUACAGAACAUGGACAAGGAAGAUGCUCUGAUCUGUUUUGAGGAACACAUCCGUGCUCUCGAGAAAGAGGAGGAGGAAGAGAAACAGAAAACUCUGCUGCGGGAGAGACGCAGACAGCGCAAGAACAGAGAGGCUUUCCAGAAAUUCCUGGAUGAGCUUCACGAUCAUGGGCAGCUGCACUCCAUGUCUGCCUGGAUGGAGAUGUACCCAACCGUCAGUGCCGAUAUCCGCUUCAACAACAUGCUGGGCCAGCCAGGCUCCACCCCUCUGGACUUAUUCAAGUUUUACGUGGAGGAUCUGAAAGCUCGUUAUCAUGAUGAGAAGAGAAUCAUUAAAGACAUCCUGAAGGAUAAGGGCUUACUGGUGGAGAUCAACACGGGCUUCGAGGAGUUUGGCUCAGUGAUCAGCUCAGAUAAACGCGCCACCACACUGGAUGCAGGAAACAUCAAACUGGCCUUCAACAGUUUGCUGGAGAAAGCUGAAGCACGUGAGAGGGAGAGAGAGAAGGAGGAGGCCAGGAAGAUGAAGAGGAAGGAGGCGGUGUUUAAGAGCAUGCUGAAACAGGCCACGCCUCCUCUGGAGCCUGAGGCCACUUGGGAGGGAUUUGUCUUUGGUCAUGUCUGUGAUCUCUCUCUACAGCACGAGUGUCAACAUCAUCAUUCAAAGACUAAAAAACACUCGAAGAAAUCCAAGAAACACCACAGAAAACGUUCCCGAUCUCGAUCAGGCUCGGAGUCAGAGGAUGAUGAGUAUCACUCGAAGAAGAAGAAACGCUCAGCUUCUAAAUCUCCAUCCGAGCACUCGUCCUCUGGGGAAUCUGAGAGGAGUUGCAAGAAAUCUAAGAAACACAAGAAGAAGGGAAAGAAAAGACGACACAAAUCAGCCUCCCCUGAGUCUGAAGGAGAGAAAGAGCGGAAAGGAAGAGAGAAAGAGAAGGAUAAAGAGAACGACAAAUCCAGAGGGAAGUCACGUGGAGAAUCCAAACAGAAAUCCCCCAAAAGAAAGAGUACAAAAGAAGAGGGUGGAUGGGAUACAUCUGGAAGCGAGCUGAGUGAAGGAGAGCUGGAAAAGAGGAGGCGUACUCUCCUGGAGCAGCUGGACGCACCAUAAAUCACUCUCUGUCCGUCUCUCUCUCACACUUGCAUUCCUGUAAUGUGUUUUGCAUCCGAGUGUUUGGCUGUGAAUCCAUUGACCGUCAUGUAGUCUCUCUGAGAGGCAGUAUUGUCUGAACAUCAGCACUCUUCAUCUGGGCAUGUUGAUUUUGUAAGAUUAUUUUCAGAGGUUGCAAGUGUUAUGUUGCCUUUAACUGCAGAACCCUUUUUUAGUCAGUUGUAUAUUUGUUAUCGCCAAUAGUUUUAAACAUAAAAACAACUAUUAUUCAACUUCAGAUGAAUCUGUAAGAUUGUCUGAAAGCCAUUUUUGGAUUCGGUAUGACAGAUGUCUGCAGCAUUGUUUUCAACUUGAAUUUUGA